UGCUAUUGUAGUCACCAGCACUGAAAGUUGGGUCUGAUUGCGUUGGCUGUGUUAAAGAGGUAUGAAUGUGGUUCAGCCGGCUUGUUAGUUAACUGUCCUGUCAGAAACAGGGGCUUCAGUUUUGUAAUUCUGUUUUUUGACGUGGUCAAACUUCGUCGCCUUGCGUUUAGGAUUUUCCUUUCAGGUUACAACUUCAAGGAAGUGGACAUAGAAAGUCCGUUCAUGGAAACGUCAGUAAGUUACAGCCGUGGGUGGAGCAGACUAAAGCCAUACUCAACUGAGCUGCAGAUGUCCACAAGGUCCAGUGAUGGCAUCCUCACCACAGAUGUCUCAUGAUUUUGCACCAGGGUCAGACAUAAGGCAGACAGUGAAGGCUCGUCUGUUGGCGUCACAGAAGCUCUUGGUGGCAUCUUUAUACAAUCUGGCCCCGCUCCUGGACUCCGUCCUGUCUGCUAGUCUUCUGUCUCAGGAUAACUACCACGAGAUAAAAGCCGAAAAGACCCCGCAAAACCGUGCCCGCAGACUGCUCGAGAUUGUCCAGGCUCAGAUGGACGAAAGUGAGGCCACUCGCUUUCUGGAGUGUCUGAGAGAAUGCAAGCAGCACUACCCACGUCUGCGCACCUGGCUAUCUGCUGAAACAGAGAUCCCGAGUGGACCUACAGAGCGGCAGUUACAGGCCCACCUUUAUUCUCUGUGUGGCCGUAUGAGCUCCUCUGUGCUGCCCAUCUCUCUGGCCCUCUUCUCCAGCAGCACCUUGACCCAGUUUGACCUCGAGCGGAUCCAGGCAGCACCCACCCCCACCCAACAGACCCAAACCCUGCUGACCAUCUGCCUGUCUAAAGGAGAGAAUGCAUGCAAAAGCUUCUAUGAAGCUCUUUACAACGAAGACCAGCAGCUAGCUGAGGAUAUGAACGUUACUAGUUUGGUGGAGGAUCUACCAGCUCUGUCGCUAAACUGUGAUUCUGAGGCCAGCAGUGUUGCCAUAGCAGUGGAGGAGACCAGAGACACAGCAGGACACCUGCCUUACUCAGGAGUACUGCGGCAGGUCAAGGCUCAGCUGGGAGUAGCUGUGGGAGAUGAAGCCAGGCUAAACAUGUGUGAGCUGGGGGUGGCAGUGGGGCUGCCACGCCGGACGGUCAGAGAGUGUCUUCUGGAGGGAGUUAGCAUAGAGGACGCGUCUCAGCUGGAGGCUGUGGUGUCCCUCUUCAUGGAGAAGACCCAGGAUGCUGAUCGGCUCCUCAGCAGAGUGGCAGAACUGGGCAUUCAAAGGCUGCAGCUCUCUGAGAGGGGCUGCUUGUCCCUGAAGCUGCUCCAGGAGGCUGAAGCUGUCCUCCGCAGUGGCAGCCACAGCCACCCACACACCUGGGACCACUUGCAUGAUCAAGAGCACCUGCAUGGCCCGGACCAGCUGCAUGUCAGGGACUGCGGGGAGCAGUGCAGGGUGUGGGCCGUCUUCAGCUUCCUACUGUGGGACUGCCUGGCUGAGGCUUUGGAGGAACCGGAGCUGAAGCCCAGUAGCAGGAGCAAAGGAGGCAGCCUAGCUGGAGUGCUGCAGCGUCUGCAGGGCUGUGAGAGGGUGGAGGCCGUUCUACUGAAGGAGCUAGAGCAGUGCUGGGAGGAGGGAGGAGCUGAGAACCUACUGCAGAGCAUCAGGGUUCUGGCCCAGAUUUUGAGGGACUUGCACCCUCUUCAGAAUCACCUCAAGCUUUCAGGACCUGUGGAUGGACUGUACACCUGCAGACCAAGCAGGAUCCACAGGGUCACUUCUUUCCAGGGCAUUUCUGCCAGAGCCAUCCGGAAAGCCCUGAACAGUGUCAUUCCUGCCUCAGUGCACCAAGAUUUGAUGCCUCGAGUGCAACAAUACAGGGAUUUGUGUCUUCAGGUUGCACAAUUGCUGCAUACAGUACAGCCAGAAAGGGGCAUUAGUGAGCUUACAGAUGCUCCCAUUGCUGAAGUCACCCAGCACAUCUGCCUCAUGCUUUCAAGGCCAGCUUUCAACUCUCAAGCCUUCGAUGCUGGAAUUCGGCACCGGUUACUGGCUCUUAUAGAAUUUAAUCCUGCACAGCUGAGCCUUGGCCCCCUGAUGCAGCUGCACCAGGAGACCCUGCCGGACUUUCUGCACUACCUUCAGCCAGGAGAGCACCACAGCUUCCGGUUUGACCUACAAUCUGGUCAAAUGCUUGGGCAGCCGCGGCUGCUUUCAGUCAGCAGCGCCAGGGGGCUGGUUGCCAUCGACAAUGGGGUGGAGGAGAACUUUCGUUUCAUAACUUCUGAGGCAACUUCCUUCCUCGUGCGGCUCCGCUGCCUCGGCUACGAGGAGGCGAAAGGACACUUCGUGGUUAGCGAGCCACACUGUUUCUCCGCCUCACGGCUGGGGGAGGAAGGCCAAUGUGCCAUUCGCUGGCUAGGGGGGCAGAUUUUGGCAGAGGAAGAAAAUAAAAUGUGGAUGAGAGAAGGAGGAAGUGGAUGGAGGGAGGAACUGCAGACUGUGGCACAGAGACAUUCCGUCCAGCUCUUUGACGAAGGCUGCCUCUUUAAGGUCACAACCUUUGAGACAGAGUGUGAGGUCAAGUUCAUUUACAGGGGAGGGAGGCUGUGGGCCAAAGCACAGAAAGGCUGUGAGGUGCUUUGA